GCUCAAACCGCAUUUAUCAAGCUGAGGCAGCUCGCAUUUUCCUUAGACUUCGUACCCCACAUUUAUUCCUCGCUCGAUCGGCUGUGCGGAGUUCUGUUGAUGCGAUUGGAACUUAUCUCGUUCACUUACAAAGGUUCCUAUUUGUGUUACUUUUACCUUUGGAGUACGCCUUGUCACUAGAUCCCAGUAUUUCGUAGCCCCAAGAGUCCAGUUUCUACUGUUAGCCACUGUGGCCCGUUUGUCUGAACAUUGUACGGAACACCACUUCGUUCUUCGCGUCAACAAAAGAACGUUGAAGCAGCCAUGAGCUUUAAUUUGUGUCACCCAGACUUUCUUGCCAGCACUAUUGAAGACCUGAAUGCCAACGAGAUGGAGCUUACUUCAGCCCCUCACAACGCAGCUGCAUGGGCGCUCAAACCCAAGACAAGGCCAUUGGUAGUAUCUAGUGCACCCUACAAAUCACCACCCCCAGGCUUCGUGACGAUCAAAGUCCACAGUGUCGCAGUGAAUCCGAUAGAUUGGAUCAACCAGGAUCAAGAUGUAUUCAAGGCGCAGUACCCAACGAUAUUCGGAUUGGACAUUGCUGGCACAGUUGAAGAGAUCGGAGAAGGUGUACGGCUAUUGCAAGUAGGGCGGCGAAUUAUCGCGCAAGCUGGAGCCUCUUCUUCUAACGAUUCGUCACGCGGAGCGUUCCAGAAAUAUGUUGUCGUCUCACAAAAUGCGGUUGCCGAGCUUCCCAAGGAGAUCGCAUUUGAGAGGGGAGUCGUCCUCCCGCUCGGCAUCUCAACAGCAGCAGCAGGACUCUAUCAAAAGGACUUCCUUUCGUUACCUUUUCCGAGUAUUGAAGGGCUGCCGGGCAUUCUUAACCAUACACGUACUCUCGUGGUCUGGGGCGGCAGCUCCAGCGUGGGGUCUUGCGCAAUCCAGAUGGCCAAUGCAUCUGGUGCUGAGAUCUUCACCGUUGCGAGCCGCAAGAAUUUUUACUAUGUAAAAAGUCUCGGAGCGACUAAAGUAUUCGAUUACCACGACGACGAUGUUGAAGAUCAGAUCGUUGAGGCUCUGAAGACCAAAACUCUUGCCGGAGUCUACCAUGCAGCAGGAGCAGAUGGUGCUGUGCAAACUUGUGCCCGGAUUGCAGAUCGCAGCACAGGCAAAGCUCUCGUUGUCACUGUCAAGGGCGUGCCGGACGCUGGCAUUCCAUGCACCGUCCGCGUCAAAGCAAUAUCUUCCUCUUCCAUUUUCAAAGGUGGCAAUCAAAUAGGACCGGACAUCUGGCGUAAAUACCUGCCAUCGGCAUUGGCACGGGGUACUCUAGUACCAAAACCUGACCCCUUAAUCGUGGGCAAUGGGCUGCGAUCAGUGCAGCUGGGAUUGGACAAACAGAAAGCGGGUGUGAGUGCUCGGAAGGUGGUGGUCAACAAGAUUGAUGACGAUUCAUCGCAUGAGCUAGUUGAACUUUCAACAUUUACGCCAAGCUAGAAGACUGAGGACGGUGUGUUGCUCCACGAUGGGUAAUACAGGUAUGGAUCGUUUUUCCCAUGACUGUAGUCUCAGUGCCGGAUGAACCAUGGGCGGUACCCGGCACUGACACUGAGCAAUUGAACUUGUCCUUCACUACAGCAUGAGGAAAAAUUAUGUUAUUAGAGUAGCUGUGAUCAGAAUCCUUCAGAUAGCGCUCACUACGUGCUCUCGAUUGCACGGCAUUAGUCACGAGAAAUGGCGCGCCCAAGAUGACCG